AUGGCGAAGAUUGCCAGCUUUGCAGCGCUCUUCCUUGCAUUCGUGACCACAGUCCUCGCCGACCUCGGCGGCACCGUCCUCCGUACCCGCACACCGGCGCCGCCUGAGCCACAGCUAGGUUCGGAACCUCUGGUGGUGCGCCUCCAGCGCGUCGAAGGCUUGCACAGCUCCCACUUCUACGUGGGAAGGUUGUCUCUGGGUCAGCCCAAGCCGCAAGACCUCCAGGUGCUCUUCGACACCGCCUCGGGCCAUUUGCUCGUUCCACACUCGGCCUGCACAAGCAAGGCCUGCAACAAGCACAAGCGCUACUCGCCCUUCUUUUCCAGCACCGCCAUGGACGUCAACUCCAACGGCAAGCCUGUGAGGGAGAAGGAGCGUUUGGUGAUGGGCAAGGCCGUGAGAGAUGCCGUGACUGUAGAGUUUACGCAGGCCGACCUCGGUGAGGGUGCAGCCCAAGCCGUGCUGGUACAUGACGAUGUCUGCCUGGGAACUGAGUUCGGCAACCAGGUCUGCACCAACCUCGAUAUCAUGGCUGCAGUCAAGAUGGACGACGAGCUCUUUGAAGCCAUGCCAUAUGACGGUAUGCUCGGCUUGAGCAUGGCAGGCCUUUCCACGGGAACCGGAUGUGUCUUCUUCCAGCGACUUAUGGAGACGAACCCCUCGAUGCUUCCACAGUUCGGCUUGUCCUUCGGCGCACAGUCCGGAGAGAUCUUCUUCGGUGGCCACGACUCUGCACGGAUGGCAGAGGACUUGAAGUGGUUCCCGGUGCUUCAUCCGGACGAUGGGUUCUGGGAGGUGACGAUCAAGAGUGUCCGCCUGGGGAACCUCACCGUGGAUGCUUGCCACGAUGGCUGUCGAGGCAUCAUCGACACCGGAUCCUCGCGUCUCGGCGUCCAGGAGAACAAUUUCCAAGCCCUCCGCACCGCCUUGUCUCACAGCCAGCCCAUGGUGGGAGGUGGCUGCCAGGGCCCGGAAUUGGAGUUCGACCUCGGCGCAAUGGCGUUGAAGCUGCGGGUGGAAGACUACGCCACGGGCUCCAACUGCGAGCCGCAGUUGGGAUCGCUUGAGCUAGAUCCCAAGGACUACCAUGGAGUCUAUGCCUUCGGUGAAACCGUCCUGCGGAGGUACUACGCAGCCUUCGAUUGGCAGGAGAGGCGCAUUGGCUUUGCCCCUGUCGCACAGCGCCGUGUGCAACUCGGCGCCAUGGAGGCCCCUCAUUGGCUUGGCCAUCUAGUCGAAGUCGCCAUCUCCCAUCUCCAGCUGGCGCUGAAGAACCUUCAGGCGGCCUCCAAGGUCAAGCCCAUUUCCGAAGAAGAGAGCCAAACCCUCAUUGACAUCGGAUCGGAGAUCUGCGAUGUGUCAGGGGGAAAGCCGCUACGGCCGACCGCGCCGCCGGUGCCGGAUGGGCCCACAGAGGAGCAAAUGGACGCCAUUGAAGAGGUGUGGAACCAAAUUGAUGACGGCGGGGACGCUUCUGAUGCUCCCAGCAACUAUUCGAAGUAUUCGACGAAGUCGACUUCCCUCCCGGAGGCUCUGGCACAGAACCGAUCUAUGCUCAUCGAUCUGUUCCACAAGCUCGACUUAGACAAGUCCGGGGUCAUCGAUGCGGCAGAGCUUCGUCGGGGCCUGCGUGCCGUUGGGCAGCAUCCAGGCCGUGCACAUCGUUUGUUGGCGACACUGGAUACCAAUAAAAACGGCAAAAUCGAGCUGGCAGAAUGGGUCUCGUCCAUUGACAGUGUUGCCGUCCGUGAGCGCCGAUCUGGGACAAUCGAAAGUUUCGCGAGGGCCAUCGUGAAGCAAGCGCAGGCGGGUACCCUGGUCCUGUCGCAAGACGAGGAAAAGGGCUGGUUUAUGCUGUCCUUCCGCUCGACGAAGAGACUGCUUUGGGAUUGCUUCCUUACCCUCCUGCUGAUGUAUAUCGCCCUGAUUUUGCCAUUCCGCCUUGCGUUCUACGAGCUGGAGGAAGGCAUUGAAUCUUUCUGGGGCGUGCUGGAGCUUCUGAUCGACCUCUGCUUCGUCUUCGACAUCAUCUUGACCUUCCGAACCUCUUAUAGCGACGACGAGGGGGAGGAAGUCUUCCAGUGGCACAAGGUGAUGGUGCAUUAUCUACGCACUUGGUUUUUCGUUGACUUUGUGACGGCUGUACCGCUGGAGUACAUCGUUCAACGGGGACCUUCGACGGAUGGGAUCAAGCUUCUGAAAGGAAGCAAGGUCUUAAAAGUGCUAAAGCUUCUGCGAGCAAUAAAGUUUUUGAAAAUCUUCCAGGGGACCGAGUUGGGUAGCAGACUGGAGGAUAUCAUCUUGUUGUCCAACGUCACACGGCUUCUGGAAGGAUUCCGGAUCUUUGUCAGCUGCUGCGUCCUGGGACACCUCCUCGCAUGCCUCCUACCGAUCUUGGCCGGUGGGUUCCUGGAGCGGUAUAGUUGGGAAGGCGAGCCAGUCCAGUCGCGCUAUAUCACUACGCUGUACUGGGCCAUGACGACAGUCACCACCGUGGGCUAUGGCGACAUCACGCCGCAGGAUGAUGAAGAGAGAGUCUUCACGAUGUUCGCGAUGAUUAUUGGCGGUGCAUUCUACGGCUAUGUGAUCGGCAACAUUUCUGUGAUCCUUGCCAGCCGGGAUGUCAACCGGCAAGCACACAAAGAGCGCCUGCGACUGAUCCACGCCUGGCUGGUGCACCAUCGCUUCCCCAAUCCGCUGAAGCAUCGCGUAUGGGCUUACUACAAGACACUGGUGACAAACAAGGCGGCCCUCGAAGACUCCACGAUCUUCAACGACCUUUCACCCGAGCUGCGCCAAGACGUGGCUCGCUAUAUGGUCCCUCCGGACCUCUUGAACCAUCUUCUCUUCCAGAACAUCCCGUCCUCGGUGAUUGUGCGGUUGGUUCCGAUUAUCCAACAGAUCACCGCCCAGCCAAACGAACGGAUAACGUCGCGUGGCGAAAUCGGCAGCGGCAUGUUCGUCGUACUGGAUGGCAUUGCAUUGAUGGACCAAUCCGACCCCGAAGUGCCCAACAGGCAUUCAAAGGCGCCCGAAGUGCUCAGAGCCGGCGACAGCUUCGGCGAGGAAAUCCUCUUGGGGAGCGAGAAAGAGUACGGCUAUACUGUAUCGGCCACAUCCAGAGUGACGAUGCUGUUCAUUCCGGCGGACGACUUCAUGGCACAGUUUGCAGCGCUUCCUGAGAUUCUAUCCAUCAUGAGACACAACUUUUCUAUCUGA